AUGUUUGUCGACAAACUCAUGCCAGAGCUCCUGCUGCUCGCGGGUUGGAAGCCGUCGCCCGUGGCGAAUCGAUGCGAGCGCGCCGCGUGCUCCACGCGCGGCGCGCUCGUAUCGACUUGGGAGUCCAAUGCGCGCAGCGGGCGGGGCGUGCCUUACAGCCCGUCGGUGAUCGGCCCGGCGCUGAGCGAGCUGCGCGAGAGCAUCAACGGUGUCCUCCUCGACGUGCGGCUGCUUUCGCUCUACCUCAACGCGGGCGUGUUUGCGCUCGCGCUGAUCUGCGGCCUUCUGCUCGGCGACCAGUCGCGGCCGGAUCUGCCGCGCGACGAGCGCGAGGGCGACGACGGCCUCUACCGCACGAUGCCGGCGGCGAGAGCGGCCACGUGGGACCGUGGCGGGCCGACCUUUCGCGGCGGCGGCAGAGGCGCGCUGUCCGAACGCAGCUCUUUGCCGCCGCCGCCGCCGGCGCAAAAGUUCGUGGACGAGCUGCGGCCGUCGCGUGGUGCCUUCACCGCCGUCUCCGCAGGCCUGUGGGUCGAGUUCGUUCUCUGCGUCGCUCUCGACACGCUCGGCACCGCGUCCUACUUUUACCCGCUGGGAGAGUUUUUUGUGGACGGCGGCUUCGCCUUCGCCUACGCCUUCGCCAUCGAGCUCUUCUUCGACUGGCCUGCGAUGGCGCUGUUUGGCUUUUGGGAGGAGGCGCUUCCGUAUACGGACGGCAUCCCCAGCCCGCCACCCCCGCCUGGGCUCGCCACUACUGUGACCGUGAUUGCUCUUCUCCUCGCUGUGACAAUAGGCAUCCCCAGCCCGCCACCCCCGCCUGGGCUCGCCACUACUGUGGCCGUGAUUGCUCUUCUCCUCGCUGUGACAAUAGGCAUCCCCACCGCCACCCUCGCCUGGGUCCUCACCGUGUGCGGCGUGCGGUACGCCAUGCAGGGGCGCACCGCCAGGGCGGGCGUGCGCCAGGGGAAGGACCGAGGCACUUUGCUGCUCGUCGACCGGCUGGCAAAGGGGCGGGGCGAGGCGCUGCGAGAGAAGCGGCCGGCUCGCUGGUUCGACGACCAGUGGGGCUAUCUUGACGACCCCGCCGCCGCCAAGGGGGCCGACACGAGCCCGAUCCUGCGGGACCGCUCCGGCAACGCGCUGCCGUGA